ACGUUAGCGGACAAAGGCAGCGCGCGCCGCGAGCUGUCGCGUCUGGUCGUGGUGUCGCGGAGCUGCGGUUACCUUGUGGGGUCUCCGCCGCUGCCGCCCUCCCUUCCUCUUCCCCAUCUUCUUCUCUCGGUCCCGGGAGCCCCCGCGCGGAGUGAGUAGCGCGAGGCGGUGCGAAGGGAGAGUUGCGGGUGCUGAUCGUGGUGCUUGAGCAGAGCCGUGGUUGGUGACAGCAUGACGAGCGAGGUGAUAGAAGACGAGAAGCAAUUCUAUUCCAAGGCCAAGACCUACUGGAAACAAAUCCCACCCACGGUGGACGGCAUGCUUGGGGGGUAUGGCCACAUCUCCAGCAUCGACAUCAACAGCUCCCGGAAGUUUCUGCAGAGGUUUUUGAGGGAAGGCCCGAACAAGACAGGAACGUCCUGUGCCCUGGACUGUGGAGCUGGCAUUGGGAGGAUCACCAAGCGGCUGCUCCUGCCGCUGUUUAGAGAGGUGGAUAUGGUCGACAUAACGGAGGACUUCCUGGUUCAAGCCAAGACCUACCUGGGGGAGGAGGGCAAGAGGGUGAGGAACUACUUCUGUUGUGGGCUCCAGGACUUCACCCCAGAGCCGGACUCUUACGACGUCAUCUGGAUCCAGUGGGUGAUAGGCCACCUCACCGAUCAGCACCUGGCCGAGUUCCUGCGGCGCUGCAAGGGCAGCCUCCGCCCCAACGGUAUCAUCGUCAUCAAAGACAACAUGGCCCAGGAGGGCGUGAUUCUGGAUGACGUGGACAGCAGUGUGUGCCGGGACCUUGAUGUGGUCCGCAGGAUCAUCUGCAGCGCAGGCCUCAGCCUCCUGGCUGAGGAGAGGCAGGAGAACCUCCCCGACGAGAUCUACCACGUCUAUAGCUUUGCCCUGAGAUGAGCCAGGGCUGGCAGGAGAAACUGAGGAACCACAGUCCGGGUGGGGGGAGCUGGCAGCUGGGCAAGAUCCAGGCGCCACGCUGGCGGUUCGUGAGUGUUGAGGCACCACUAAAUAUAGCUGUCUGCCGUCCACUCAU